AUGUCGCUCUUCUCGCUGCCCAACGUCCUGCGCCGGAGCGUCCCGUCCGACGGCAGCGACCACGCGGCGUGCGCCGUCGUGCGGCCGUCCGUCAUCAGCACAGAGCACCUCAACGCGCAGCUCGUGGCCGAAGCGCAGCACGUCGAGCAGCACUUGUUCUUUGGGCCGCAGCUGACGGUCUUUGACGGCGAGCGCCAGCGCGUGAUCCACGGCGAGCGCAAGAUCCAGAAGACCGCCAAGCGCUUCUGGCUCGUGUCCGAGCCGCUCUGCAUGGAGCGCGACAGCACGACGUCGCUCAUUGGCUUCCCCACGUCGCCCGAGCUGCGGGCGAGCGGCCUCGGCAGCAAAGUGUCGGCCGCCACGCGCUUCAUUGGCCAGAAAGUCGCGCAGCUCAAGUUCCCGCCGUCGCACGUGAACGACGACUCGUUCUGCGACGGCUGCGGCAUGGACCCUAUUGUCGGCAACAUGUACUCGUGCUCCAAGUGCGUCAACUACCACCUGUGCGAGAGCUGCUACCACUUGGGCAUGCACGGCUUUGAAGAGUCGAAGCUGCUGCUCGACGUGCGCGAGGACUUUGCCUUGCGCAACGUCAUGGACGUGUCGCGGAACAAAGUGCCGGAAGCAGUGUUCACGGUGCUGCUCAAGACCGUGUGCCGCGGCCAAGUGGACAAAUUUAACUUUCUCGCCAAGUGGAUCACGGCCGUCGUGCUCGACCAGCCGAUCCAUACGCUUGAGGUGCGGGGCAUUGAGAUCCCGCACCUGGACGUCGAGACGCGAGGGAUCCUGGUCCAGCUCUUGACGCCUGUGCUGGCUGACCGCACGGACUUGGAAGUGUGCAUGGAAUGGUUCUGUCCGGAUGCCAACAAUAUGGAGCUUCCGGGUGUGCAGCGUCGAUUGGAGACCAUUCGUAUUUGGGUGGCCACGGACAAGGAGCAGAAGUCGCCGUUUGCUGCAAAGGGGAGUCUCAAGGAUGAAGACACCGACUCGGACGUGUCGUCGACAGGCGCUGGCGGCGACAUCAUGGGCUCGCCAGGCCCGGCCAGUCCAGUGUCUGAGUCGCCGUACACGACGCCGCCGCCGUCGCCUUUGGGCGCACAUUGCGAAUCGACGGGAGCAACGUCAACGACGUCAGAGUCUUCGUCACAGCCCUCUCCCCCGCGUCUCGACGCGCUAUCCCUUGCCGACAAGACGGCGGACUACAGUUACGACAACGACGAGGACGACGACGACUACAUGUCGGACUCGGUCAAGAGCGAUAUUGAGCCGCGGAAAGUGGACAGUCUCUCUCCAUCUUCUGGUCAUCGACUGGAAGGCAUUGAGAUGUAA